AGAAAAUUCUGCGGGCAAGUACAAGUUGGAUAGUAAAGAAGGGUCUGGAAAGGAAUCUCUGAAGAACGAACGAACGAGCGCACGCUCUCCAUUUCAAUCUCUUCCUCUUUCACACACCUUUUCUUUCUCUUCGUGUUCCCUAAUUUCGAUCCUCUGAUAUAGGGGGAUUGACAUUGGCAAUUUCUGAUGGAUAUUGAUGCUCAUAUGCUGUCUGUGAUGUGGUGGUGGUGAUACCAGUGCCUAUUGGCUAUCUUAAGACUCUCAACAUGCUAGCUAUUGUGUUAAAGUUAACCCAACAUUCAGAAUACACUGAUGCUUGCUAUAUAAUUAAAGAAACAUGACAUUGGAUCAACCAGUUACAUUUAUCUUUAAUGGAGGAUAAGAAGUCUAAGAGGAAUAGCAGACAUCUGUAUGUAAGAGCCUGAAGAUAAUGUGUGGAAUGGGUUUGGUGAAAAAGAUGAUCAUAUAGUGCCCCGUGCUGGUGACAAACAUAAUAACCAGUUUAUAAUACAGGGAGAUAGCUGAAGGGACUCAUUGCAAGAAUUACGUGUCAUAAGAAAUACUGAUUAUGUGAAUAGAUAUGGUACACAAGGUAAAGAGGAAUUAUACUUAGAAAAUAUGACCCAAAAAGAAAGAAUGCUGGAAAAGGAUUCAUGGUCUCACACACCUGAAGGUGUGUUUUCUUCAUGUGGUAGUGACUCGAGGAAAGAAGCCAAUAGGCUAACAUUAGAUGACACAGGCAUGCCCAAUCAUUGCUUCAAGAGCAGCAAUUUAGAUUCCGGUGGUUGCGAGCUCUGUGCAGAUGAUUCUAUCUUGGGAGACAAGUGUGUGGUGGAAGAUGACAGUGUCUGUCAAUAUCCAAUCAAUCACAUAUCCCAAGCUGACAAUGAACUCAGUUUUCUUGAUAAUGAUGGGUGGCUGGAUAUAGGAAACUUUGAAGACGUUGACCGGAUAUUAAGUUGUGAUUUAACAUUUGGAACUGGAAGCCUCAAUAAUGAUGAGGAGUUCUGCUGGCUCUCAUCUUCUCACGGGGUUGAAGAUUCUGAUGAUGCUUUGAAGUCUGACUUCAAGUUUUCAUAUGCAGAAUUGAGUCCAUUGAAAAGUAUAUCAGAUUAUAAUAUGGAUUCCAAGGAAAAUAUUGUAGGUCUUCCAAUCAAUGAUUCCAACAAAAGAUCAUCUCCUGUUGAUGAAAAAAUCAGGUCGCAAAUGGAUGUUAUUGAUGAUAGUGUCCUUGCUUCAUUAUCAAUGUUAAGUGAGAGUGAGUCAGACAUGAAAUCUGGUAAUAUAGUUGACCCACUUCCCAAAGAAAAGCUGCAGAGGAAGCUGCCAAAGGCAUCAGCAGGACCGCGGAAAAAUGGUUACCUAGAAAAUGGUGGUUCUGUUCAUCCUUAUGCUCCUCCAGAGCAAAAUGCAGAUACAAAGCAACCCUUUGGAGCCUCUUCCAGUGGGGUUACUUCUCUUGAUAGCAUCCAGAAACAUAAGCUGAACAUAGAUUCUGAUUCUUUAGGCUGUGUGCAGACACAAAUUCCUACAACACACCCGGACUAUAGUCAUACUCCAAAUCACACUUCCCUCUUUCCAACUAUGUCUGGAUCAAGACUUGAGCAUGAUGGACAUCUGUCUCCUUCUCUUAAAGAAUCAUCUUAUGCGUCAAACAUGGAGAGUUCUCUUGGUCAUUCUUUGGAGGCUUCUGCCUUGCAAACAAAUGAGAAUAGAGAAAAGUUGCAUCAUUGCUGUGAUGGACUGCUGUUAAGUAGUAGUUUCAAAAAUGAAAACAUGCCAAAUCAAAUGCCAUUUUGCAGUCCAGGUUCAGCUCAGCAAGUAGGUCAUCAGUUUGAAAAUGAAAAUGAAGGUCAUAGUGAAGUCCAAGGAGUUACCGUAGGCUUAUCACCAGAAAUAGAUUCAUCAACAAUGCAGGAAAGCUCAUCCAUGGGCUCUGCUCUGGACCAAACCACCCUUGAAGCUACUAGCUUUUGCCACCUGCAACAGAUCAUGGAUCAGCUGGAUAUUAAAACCAAGUUGUGCAUAAGGGACAGUCUAUACCGCUUGGCUAAGAGUGCUGAACAAAGACAUAAUAAUUCAAAUGCAAAUGGUUGCAUUGGAGACAAUGAAACAUGCAAAACAAUGAUGGUGCAGGAUGCUAGCAGGUGUACCGGAUUAAUGGACAUGGAAACUGACACAAAUCCUAUUGAUCGGUCUGUAGCACACUUACUGUUCCACAGGCCUUCAGACCCAUCAAUGCUGCUACCUAACGAAACCUUACCUUUCAAAUCCGGUGCCUUGAUACAUGGAUCAGUGAUCAAUCCACCAGUAAAGACUGAGAAACAGGUCUGUCAGGAAGAUUCUUCAACCGGAGUGGAAAAGAAGUUUUUAGGCGGUAACACAUAAUGAAAGUGAAAUCAGCGUUGGCGCAUUUCGUUGUACAAUUUUUACUUUCCAGUCAUCGUCGUGUAUGAUGAUGUAUAAUUAUUUCGGGCUUACUCGGAUCCCUUUGUUAAUUUGUGAUCCAUUUUUGCAUCGGAUGCCACAAUACUGAUGUAAAUUUGUGCUAAUCUGAUAAGGAAAGGUAUCAUAAUCAUGAUAAGGUACAUAUACGAUGAUUCAGAGUAAUGCUGUACUGCAACUAUUUUAACCCGAAAGAUCACAAUUAUCCGCA